GGCUAAAAACCAGGAAGUUAAUUUGAGGGGCGCGAAAACACACUGCUUUUAUUUUGAGAAUCGUUAAAGCGUCAAAACAUCUCACAAUUCUCUAGUGACUGUCAAGGUUUUUCAUGCCUUCUCUGUGAUCAUGUGUGAAAAGCUGAGAAAGGUAAACAGCUGGUUGGGGGUAGUGUUUGGGGAUCAGCCAGUGCCACCGUUUGAGGUCAACACCAGGACAGUGGACAUACUGUAUCAGCUGGCACAGUCCAGUGAAGCCCGCUGCAGUGAUACUGCUCUCCUCAUAGAAGACUACAAGCAGAAAACAUCAGAGUAUCAGGCUGACGCUGCUCACCUUGAGGAUGUUCUUCUGCACAGUGUCGGCCUGUCUGGGGCAAGCUUGCCAAAGCCGACUGCAGACUACUUGUCUGCUUUAGUGGACAACGCUAUGGUGCUGGGAGUGAAAGACACGUCUCUGACCAGCUUCAUGCCAGCAAUCAACAGCCUCACCGGUGAUCUUCUGGAAGUCGAGAAGUCAAACAGAAAACUCGAAAGGGAACUAAGGGCGCUCCAAAAAAGACUCGGUUCAACUCUGGUGCUGCGGGGAAACCUACAAGAGGAUAUCGACAAAAUUACCAAAUCUCAAGCAGUGGAGAGUGCGAAAGCAGAGGAGAGACUGCUCAACAUGGACUUUGUGACGGCCAAGGCUCAAGAGCUCAGUAUCAGACAGCAGAGGUCAGAGGCUCAGCUUGUAUCCAGGAACAUGGACAAGUCAAUCACCCACCAGGCCAUUGUGCAGCUUUCUGAGGAAGUCGGCACACUGCAAAAUGAAAUAAUCCCCCUGAAAAAGAAGCUGGAGUCUUACAUGGAUCUGAGCCCGAGCCCAUCUCUUGCACAAGUGAAGAUAGAAGAAGCAAAAAGAGAACUAACUGCACUCGAUUCCAAACUUGAGAUAAAGGUGGAUUUUAAAUGAAGUUGCAUGUUGCACAGUCCUUUCUUUAAAAAUAAAAGUUUUGCACUCA